GAAGCUCUGAGAUUUUCUGUAAUCAAGCAGCAGCGAAACUUUCUGGCUUCAUCAAACCACACUCCGCGAACGCGCAACCACCACAUCCGGCUGAUAAAGGAUUGCCGUCGCCGUUUCCAGGUUUAUGGAGACUCACUCUUGAACGAUCGCUUAUUGACACCGGCACCGUCGCCAAAGGCGCAGCCGCAUCGAUCAUCUUCCGCCUGAGAGGGCCGGUCUUCGUGUCUGGUGGUGAACCUCAUCCGGAGUUCGAAUUGGCAGCGUCGAGAUGUCUUCGCUCCCGCCGCCGCCACCUCCCCCUGGCUGGGGACCUCCUCCACCUCCUCCAACUCCUCCCCCGCCGGGACCGCCGUCGUCGCUUCCUCCACCUCCCGCAAUUCCAGCGCCGCCUCCCCCGGGCUACCGGCCUCCGACUGAUCCCCAGGUUGCCAAGUACGCACAGAAGAAGAAGGAAUGGCUUCGUAUGCAGCGCAGCCGGUUUGGCGAGAAGAGGAAGGGCGGUUUCGUGGAGACGCAGAAAGCCGACAUGCCCCCGGAACAUUUGCGUAAGAUCGUCAAGGACAUCGGAGACGUCUCCCAGAAGAAGUACACUAGCGACAAGCGCAGCUAUCUCGGCGCGCUGAAGUUCAUGCCACAUGCGGUCAUGAAGUUGUUGGAAAACAUGCCCAUGCCGUGGGAAUCGGCUAGGGAGGUCAAGGUCCUAUACCAUGUCAACGGCUGCUUGACUCUGGUCAAUGAGAUACCCCGGGUUAUCGAGCCGGUUUUCUUCGCGCAAUGGGCGACUAUGUGGACCACCAUGCGCAAGGAGAAGAGCGACAGGAGGCUGUUCAAGCGCAUGCGGUUUCCGCCAUUCGAUGACGAAGAACCUCCGCUUUCUUGGUCCGAGAACAUUGAGGAUGUCGACCCCCUGGAGCCCAUCCAGAUGGAUCUCGACGAGGAGGAAGAGGCAGCCAUCUAUGAAUGGUUCUACGACCACCAGCCGCUUCUUGACACGACUCACGUGAACGGGCCCAGCUACAAGAGAUGGAACCUCACACUGCCACAGAUGGCAAACUUGUUCAGACUGAGUCGGCCGCUGGUGUCCGAUGUGGUGGACCCGAACUACUUCUAUCUCUUUGAGCUGAAGAGUUUCCUCACUGCCAAGGCACUGAACGUCGCGUUGCCGGGAGGCCCUCGUUUUGAGCCGCUCUACAAGGACAUUGACCCUAACGAUGAAGACUUCGGCGAGUUCAAUGCUAUGGACCGCAUUAUCUUUCGGAAUCCCAUCCGGACAGAAUGCCGCGUCUCCUACCCUUAUCUGUACAAUGCGCUGCCGCGGAGCGUGCACCUCUCCUGGCACUCCCACCCGCAGAUCGUCUACUCCAAGUCUGACAGUGUCAACCUCCCUGCCUUCUAUUUUGACGGCAGCAUCAACCCCAUCUCCUCUCGUUCCGUUGCCCCAAAGAACCUUACAAUUAGUCAUGAGGACGAGCUGUUCGGUCAGGGCAGCAUCGAGGAGCCGGAAGACGAAGCAUUCGAACUGCCUGCUGCAGUUGAACCAUUCCUCGCAGACGAGGAGUUGUACACGGAAGAUACGGCGGCUGCUAUUGAGCUAUGGUGGGCGCCCUUCCCCUUUGACCGCCGUUCGGGGCGUAUGGUGCGAGCUCAGGACGUGCCCCUCAUUAAGCAUUGGUACCUGGAACAUUGUCCUAAGGGGCAGCCGGUCAAGGUCCGGGUCUCGUACCAGAAGCUGCUGAAAACCUACGUGCUCAACGAGUUGCACAAGAAGAGACCGAAGUCGCUGCAGAAACAAAAUCUGCUCAAGACUCUGAAACAGACCAAGUUUUUCCAGCAGACAACAAUCGACUGGGUUGAGGCUGGUCUUCAAGUCUGCCGGCAAGGUUUCAACAUGCUCAAUCUGUUGAUCCAUCGGAAGAACCUCACAUACCUCCAUCUCGAUUACAACUUCAACUUGAAGCCGGUCAAGACCUUGACGACCAAGGAGCGGAAGAAGUCGCGAUUCGGAAACGCUUUCCACCUGAUGCGGGAGAUUCUGCGCCUGACUAAGCUCAUUGUCGACGCCCAGGUGCAAUACCGACUUGGCAACAUUGAUGCUUUCCAGCUUGCCGAUGGCAUCCUUUACGCCUUCAACCAUGUUGGACAGCUUACGGGUAUGUACCGGUACAAGUAUAAACUGAUGCACCAGAUCCGCUCGUGCAAGGAUCUGAAGCACCUGAUAUACUACCGGUUCAACUCCGGUCCCGUGGGGAAGGGGCCAGGCUGUGGCUUCUGGGCACCCGCAUGGAGAGUCUGGCUCUUCUUCAUGCGAGGCAUCAUCCCGCUGCUGGAACGUUGGCUUGGAAACCUUCUUUCGCGUCAGUUCGAGGGCCGUCACAGCAAGGGAGUAGCCAAGACGGUGACGAAGCAGCGUGUUGAGUCGCACUUCGACUUGGAGCUGCGCGCUUCAGUCAUGGCUGACCUCAUGGAUAUGAUGCCGGAGGGCAUCAAGCAGAAUAAAGUCAACACCGUUCUCCAGCACCUUUCCGAGGCAUGGAGGUGCUGGAAGAGCAACAUCCCCUGGAAGGUUCCUGGUUUGCCUGUCGCCAUUGAGAAUAUCAUCCUGAGAUACGUCAAGUCCAAGGCGGAUUGGUGGAUAUCAGUGGCACACUACAACCGAGAGCGCAUCCGGAGAGGCGCAACUGUCGACAAGACCGUGGCCAAAAAGAACGUCGGGCGACUGACCCGGCUAUGGCUCAAGGCCGAGCAGGAGAGGCAGCACAACCACAUGAAAGAUGGACCGUACGUCUCGUCCGAGGAAGCCGUUGUAAUCUACACGACGACUGUCCAUUGGCUGGAGUCGCGAAAGUUCUCACCGAUCCCUUUCCCGAGUGUCUCGUACAAGCAUGACACGAAAAUCCUCAUCUUGGCGUUGGAGAGGUUGCGCGAGGCCUACUCCACCAAAGGCAGGCUGAACCAGAGUCAGCGCGAGGAGCUCGCUCUGAUCGAGCAGGCGUACGAUAGCCCUGGAACAACCUUGGAGCGGAUCAAGCGUUUCCUCCUGACGCAGCGGGCAUUCAAAGAGGUUGGCAUCGACAUGAACGACAACUACAGCACCAUCAAUCCUGUCUAUGACAUCGAACCCAUUGAGAAGAUCAGCGAUGCUUAUCUCGACCAGUAUCUCUGGUACCAAGCUGAUCAGCGUCACUUAUUCCCUGCGUGGAUCAAGCCUUCUGAUUCCGAAGUACCGCCUCUUCUCGUCUACAAGUGGGCGCAGGGCAUCAACAACCUCGAUAGGGUUUGGGAGACGGCGAAUGGCGAGUGCAACGUCAUGAUCGAGACGCAGUUGUCAAAAGUCUACGAGAAGAUCGAGCUCACGCUUCUCAACUCUCUUUUGCGGCUCAUCAUGGACCACAACUUGGCGGAUUACAUCACCGCCAAGAACAAUGUCACGCUGACGUACAAAGAUAUGAGCCAUGUCAAUAGUUACGGCAUGAUUCGUGGUCUUCAGUUCUCCGCCUUCGUCUUCCAGUAUUAUGGCCUAAUCCUGGAUCUCUUGCUUCUCGGCCCGCAGCGCGCGACUGAGAUUGCAGGGCCGCCGCAGAGUCCCAACGACUUCCUCCAGUUCCAGGAUCGUGAGACAGAAACAAGACAUCCCAUCAGGCUUUACACCCGCUACAUCGACAAGAUCUGGGUUUUCCUACGCUUCACGGCCGACGAAUCAAGAGACCUCAUUCAGCGAUUCCUCACCGAGCAGCCGGAUCCCAACUUUGAAAAUGUCAUCGGCUACAAGAACAAAAAGUGUUGGCCUCGGGACUCGCGCAUGCGACUCAUGAGGCACGAUGUGAACCUAGGGAGGGCGGUGUUUUGGGACCUCAAGAACCGGCUGCCGAGAUCGGUGACGACGAUUGAGUGGGAGGACACCUUCGCCAGCGUGUACAGCAAGGACAACCCUAAUCUGCUCUUCUCUAUGUGCGGCUUCGAAGUGCGCAUCCUGCCCAAGAUCCGCAACCAGAACGAGGAGUUCCCGGUGAAGGACAGUGUCUGGUCCCUUGUGGACAACACAACGAAGGAACGUACCGCACACGCCUUUCUCCAAGUGACCGAGGAGGAUAUCCAGAAGUUCAACAAUCGUAUCCGCCAGAUCCUGAUGUCGUCCGGUUCUACGACGUUCACCAAGAUCGCCAACAAAUGGAACACGGCACUGAUCGCCUUGUUCACAUACUACCGCGAGGCUGCCGUCUCGACAACGAAUCUGCUUGACACCAUCGUCAAGUGUGAGACCAAGAUUCAAACCCGAGUCAAGAUCGGCUUGAACUCCAAGAUGCCGUCCCGUUUCCCGCCGGCUGUCUUCUACACGCCAAAGGAACUGGGUGGUCUUGGGAUGAUUUCCGGGUCGCAUAUCCUGAUUCCCGCAAGCGACAAACGCUGGUCCAAGCAGACCGAUGUGGGCGUCACACACUACCGUGCCGGCAUGUCGCACGAUGAGGAGACGUUGAUACCAAACAUCUUCCGCUACAUCAUACCAUGGGAGGCAGAGUUCAUCGAUUCGCAGCGCGUGUGGACCGAGUAUUCACAGAAGCGCCUCGAAGCAAACCAACAGAACAGGCGACUUACCCUGGAAGAUCUUGAAGACAGCUGGGAUCGCGGAUUGCCCCGCAUCAAUACCCUAUUCCAGAAGGACCGCAGCACGUUGAGCUUUGACAAGGGAUUCCGCACCCGGGCGGAGUUCAAGAUCUACCAGCUCAUGAAAAGCAAUCCGUUCUGGUGGACAAGCCAGAGACACGACGGCAAGCUGUGGAACCUGAACGCCUACCGGACAGACGUCAUCCAGGCGCUCGGUGGUGUGGAAACGAUUCUUGAACAUACCCUCUUCAAGGCAACCGGUUUCCCGUCCUGGGAAGGGCUGUUUUGGGAACGUGCGAGCGGAUUCGAGCAGUCUAUGCAGUUCAAGAAAUUGACCAACGCCCAACGGUCCGGUCUGAACCAGAUUCCAAACCGUCGUUUCACCCUCUGGUGGUCUCCGACCAUCAACAGAGCGAACGUCUACGUCGGUUUCCAGGUGCAGCUUGACCUUACCGGCAUCUUCCUGCACGGCAAGAUUCCGACGCUGAAGAUCUCACUCAUUCAGAUCUUCCGGGCUCACUUGUGGCAAAAGAUCCACGAGUCCGUGGUCAUGGAUCUGUGCCAGGUCUUUGAUCAGGAACUCGAGGCUUUGAGCAUCGAGUCGGUGCAGAAGGAGACCAUCCACCCCCGAAAAUCCUAUAAGAUGAACAGCUCAUGCGCCGAUAUCCAGCUGUUCGCAAGCCAUAAGUGGAACGUCACCCGGCCAUCUCUGCUCUUCGACAACAAGGACGUGAUCGAGGCAACCACGACGAGCAAGUUCUGGAUCGACGUGCAGCUUCGCUAUGGCGAUUACGACUCCCACGAUAUCGAAAGAUACGUCAGAGCGAAGUAUCUCGAUUACACAACCGACAGCAUGAGCUUGUAUCCGUCGCCAACGGGUCUGAUGAUCGGAAUUGACCUCGCGUACAAUCUCUACUCGGCGUACGGACAGUACUUCCCUGGCUUGAAGACGCUGGUCCAGCAGGCCAUGGCCAAGAUCAUGAAGGCGAACCCGGCCCUCUAUGUGCUACGCGAGCGCAUCCGCAAGGGUUUGCAGCUCUACGCGUCCGAGAGCAACCAGGAGUUCCUCAACUCCCAGAACUACUCCGAGCUGUUCAGCAACCAAACGCAACUCUUCAUCGACGACACCAACGUCUACCGGGUCACGAUCCACAAGACCUUCGAGGGCAACUUGACAACCAAGCCGAUCAACGGGGCGAUUUUCAUCUUCAACCCGCGGACAGGCCAGCUCUUCCUCAAGAUCAUCCACACUAGUGUCUGGGCUGGGCAAAAGCGUCUUGGGCAAUUGGCGAAGUGGAAGACAGCCGAAGAAGUUGCAGCCUUGAUCCGAUCUCUCCCGGUCGAAGAGCAGCCGAAGCAGCUCAUUGUUACCCGUAAAGGCUUGCUUGAUCCUCUCGAGGUCAACCUCCUGGAUUUCCCCAACAUCUCUAUCCGUGCCUCUGAGCUGCAACUGCCUUUCCAGGCUGCUAUGAAGGUGGAGAAAUUGGGCGACAUGAUCCUGCGUGCUACUGAACCGCAGAUGGUGCUCUUCAAUCUGUACGACGAGUGGCUGAAGAGUAUCUCCUCUUACACGGCAUUCUCGCGCUUGAUCCUCAUCUUGAGGGCGUUGCACGUCAACCAGGAUAAGACGAAGCUCAUACUCCGGCCGGACAAGACUGUGAUCACACAAGAUCACCACAUCUGGCCGUCUCUCUCGGAUGAGGACUGGAUCAACGUCGAACUGAAACUGCGGGAUCUGAUCCUCAACGACUAUGGCAAGAAAAACAACGUCAAUGUCUCGAGUCUAACCACUAGCGAAGUCCGUGACAUCAUUCUGGGUAUGGAGAUUUCGGCGCCUUCCUUGCAGAGACAGCAGGCUGCCGAAAUCGAGAAGCAGCAGCAAGAGCAGCAACAGCUCACCGCUGUCACGACCAAGACGCAGAACGUGCAUGGAGAGGAGAUCAUUGUUACGACGACAUCGCAGUUCGAGCAACAGACGUUCGCCUCCAAGACGGAGUGGCGCACACGGGCCAUUGCCACGUCCAACCUGCGCACAAGAGCCAACAACAUGUAUGUGGCUCCGGUGGACAGCGACGUGGACGAGGUCACAUACGUGAUGCCAAAGAACAUCCUUAAGAAGUUCAUCACGAUUGCGGAUCUCAGAGUGCAGGUGGCUGGCUAUCUCUAUGGGUCAUCACCUGCCGACAAUGACCAGGUCAAGGAGAUCAAAUGCAUAGUCAUGGUGCCACAGAUCGGCGGGCUGCGAAACGUUCAGUUGCCACAGCACCUUCCCCAGCACGAGCUGCUCAAGGGCAUGGAGUGGCUUGGUGUCAUCCAUACCAUGUCCGGCAAUGAGCUCCCCUAUAUGUCUGCGAUGGACGUGACGACGCAUGCCAAGCUGGUCGAGGCUCACAAACCCGCAUUGGAUGGGGCGAACACGUUGACGGUUGCGGUGUCAUUCACCCCUGGCAGCGUGUCGCUCUCUGCCUGGGCUCUCACUCCGCAAGGCAUGAAAUGGGGUGUCGAAAAUAAGGACCUCGGUAGUGAUCAGCCGCAGGGUUUCACGACGGCAAUGGGCGAGAGGCGACAGCUGUUACUGAGUGACAAGUUCAAGGGCUUUUUCCUCGUUCCCGACACGGGCAAGUGGAAUUAUAGUUUCAUGGGUAGCGCUUUUGGCGGCCUGGAGAAGAAACCCAUCCACGUGAAGCUGGACACCCCUAUGCCCUUCUACAGCGACCAGCACCGUCCCAUUCACUUCACCAGCUUCAACGAGCUGGAAGACAUCUGGGUCGAUAGGGAUAACAACUUUGCCUAGACAUAGCUGGGUUUUUGGGGGGGC